CCGCCGCGCCCCGCUCCGCCCUGGGGAGGCGGGUGGCGACCAUGGCCGUCCUGCUGGAGACCACGCUGGGCGACCUGGUGAUCGACCUGUACACGGAGGAGCGGCCCCGCGCUUGUCUGAAUUUUCUGAAGCUCUGCAAAGUCAAGUACUACAACUACUGUCUUAUUUAUAAUGUACAGAGAGAUUUUAUUAUACAAACCGGCGACCCCAUGGGAACUGGCCGUGGAGGGGAAUCCAUAUUUUGUCAACUGUAUGGUGAUCAAGCUAGAUUCUUUGAGGCAGAAAAAGUGCCGAGAAUUAAGCACAAGAAGAAGGGAACCGUGUCAAUGGUGAACAAUGGCAACGAUCAGCAUGGAUCACAGUUUCUUAUUACUACAGGGGAAAACCUGGAUUACCUUGAUGGUGUGCAUACAGUAUUUGGAGAAGUGACAGAAGGCAUGGAUGUAUUGAAGACAAUUAACGAAACCUUUGUAGAUAAGGAUUUUAUCCCGUACCAAGAUAUCAGGAUAAAUCAUACAGUAAUUUUAGAUGAUCCAUUUGAAGAUCCACCUGGCUUGUCUAUUCCUGAUCGCUCACCAGAACCUACUAAGGAACAGCUAGAUAGUGGCAGAAUAGGAGCAGAUGAAGAAAUUGAUGACUUGAAAGGACGGUCUGCAGAUGAAAUAGAAGAAGUUCAGGCAGAAAAAGAAGCAAAAACUCGUGCCAUUCUUCUGGAAAUGGUGGGAGACUUACCAGAUGCAGAGGUCAAGCCACCAGAAAAUGUGCUGUUUGUUUGUAAACUGAAUCCUGUGACCACAGAUGAAGACCUAGAGAUAAUAUUUUCACGAUUUGGUCCCAUUAAAAGCUGUGAAGUGAUUCGGGACUGGAAGACUGGUGAAUCUCUUUGUUAUGCUUUCAUUGAGUUUGAAAAGGAGGAAGACUGUGAGAAGGCCUACUUCAAAAUGGACAAUGUGCUGAUAGAUGACAGACGCAUACAUGUAGAUUUUAGCCAGUCUGUUGCAAAGAUUAAGUGGAAGGGAAAAGGUGGGCGGUACACCAAGGACGAUUUCAAAGAGUACGAAAAGGAACGUGACAAACCUUCAAAACUUUCUCUGAAAGAGAAGGUAAAACCAAAGCAGGAUGCCAAGUAUGACCUUGUGCUGGAUGAGGAUAUAGAAGAGUCUCAAACAAGUCAGUCGCACUUGGCUAAAAAACAAAAGAAGAAAAAGCACCACCACUCUGAAGAUGAAGAGGAUGACAAGAGGACCAAAACAUCUAAGGAUUCUGAUCGAAAACAUGAAGGAGAACGCUGUAGAGAGAAGAUAAAGAGUGAGAAGAAAGACAGGCAUCGGAGUCGCAGCCGAUCUCAAGAGAGCGACUACACUUACAGCAAACAAAAAGACAAAUACAAAGAGGACUUCCGAAUAAGAGACUGGGAUAAAAAAGCAGACAGAAGCAGAAGUCCUAAGAAAUCAAAAGACAAAGAGAGGUCCAAGUACAGAUGAAGGAUGAGGAAAAGAGAGGGGAAAUAAAAUACGUUUUCUUCCAGCAUUUCUAACAUUCUCUUAAAUGGACGUGCAGUUACUGGACAAAAUCAGUUGCCUUCUGUUGGCAGCUUGGCCUUAUAAUUCUAUGAAUGCCCAGUGUAUGACUGUCGGAGUAAGCCUUGAUUCCAGAAAGGUGGUUUCAAUAAAGUAUUUCACGUUAGUGAAA